AUGAGGCCGCUGUUCUACCGCUGCUGCAACACCACGUGGGUGGAGAAGGGAAACUCAGCGACGAUGGGCGGGGUGCUCUUCAGCACGGGCCUCCUGGGCAACCUGCUAGCCCUGGGGCUGCUGGCGCGCUCGGGGCUGCGGUCGUGCCCGCGGCGCUCGCCGCGCCCGCCGCCCUCCGUCUUCUACGUGCUGGUGUGCGGCCUGACGGUCACCGACCUGCUGGGCAAGUCCCUCGUGAGCCCCUUCGUGCUGUUCGCCUACGCGCAGAACCGGAGCCUGAGGGGCCUGGUGCCCGCAUCCGGCAGCUCACUGUGCCAAGCCUUCGCCUUCUUCAUGUCCUUCUUCGGGCUUGCCUCGACGCUGCAGCUGCUGGCCAUGGCCCUGGAGUGCUGGCUCUCCCUGGGGCAUCCCUUCUUCUACCGACGGUACAUCACCCCGCGCCGGGGCGCACUGGUGGCGCCUGUCGUGGGCGCCUUCUGCCUUGCUUUCUGCUCGCUGCCCUUCGCGGGCUUCGGGAAGUUCGUGCAGUACUGCCCCGGCACCUGGUGCUUCAUCCAAAUGGUCCACGAGGGGCGCUCGCUGUCGGUGCUGAGCUACUCAGUGCUCUACGCCAGCCUCAUGCUGCUGCUGGUCCUCGCUAUCGUGCUGUGCAACCUGAGCGCCAUGCGCAACCUCUACGCGAUGCACCUGCGGCUGCGGCGGCUCCCGCGCUCUGGCCCCAGGGAACGAGCGGAGCUGGCCGCCGGCGAGAGGGAAGAGACCCCGCCGCCCCUGGAGGAGCUGGAUCACCUCCUGCUGUUAGCCCUCAUGACUGUGCUCUUCACCAUGUGCUCCCUGCCUUUAAUUUAUCGUGCUUACUAUGGAGCGUUUAAAGCUGUUCACGAGAAAAAUGGAACUGCUGAAGAAAUUGAAGACCUCCGAGCCUUACGCUUUCUCUCUGUGAUCUCCAUUGUGGACCCUUGGCUUUUCAUCAUUUUCAGAACAUCGGUAUUUCGGAUGUUUUUUCACAAGAUUUUCAUAAGGCCUCUUAUGUAUAGAAACUGGCAAAGCAAUUCUUGCGGAACUAACAUGGAAUCCAGCCUGUGACAGUGUGUUAACCUCUCUGGUGAACUCAGGAAUAUAUCACAUUUUCUGGCAAAGAACCAUGAUCAAAAAAAUCUUUCAAGUUAUAUCCUUAAAAGCUA